AGUGUAGUUUUCCGUUUCCAUAAACAAGACGACUGCCAGAGUUAGCCGCCACUCAGUCCCUGCGUGCCCCUGGGCCGAGUCUCCCUCCGAGGAAGACAGACGUACUGACAGAGAAAGUGAACAAGGAAGGGACUGGAGAGGGAAAAAGUGAGCGAACAGGAAACAGGGGAGGCAGAAAGACAGGAAACCCCAUCAGAAGAAAAGAGAGACGGGCAAGAAUUGACAGAAGAAUAGGAGAAGGGAGAAGAGGAGACAGUAAAAGACAGACUGAAGUGAUCAGUCUGUCUUCUUCUCCUCUGACAGAACAGACAUGGCUGAGAACAACACAAAUCUCUUUCUGGAAAUACUUCAGUCUUUUGAUGCUGCGCCGCUGAUCAUAGCAUUCUGUGUGUCUAUGGCAGUAGGCCUGGUCUUGGGGGCCCUGGUUUACGUGCUCUUGACCUGGAUGUCCCGACGCAAAGCAGGCUCUGCCAGCAUCACCCGCCGUCCUCCUCGUCAAUCACGAUCAUCUUCCCGCAACCGUCCAGGAUUUAACCGUAACAGCAGCUAUGACCGGCGCAGCAACAACAGUUUGGUCAGUGCUGCUUUCAGCUUCCACCGCCAGACUUCCUCCCCAGAUCACCUUGACCCGCUGGGGCACAAAUCCAGCUUCAGGGCCUCCACCUUCCACCCUCUCCUCCAGUGCAGUCAAAUCGCAAGGGAGGCAGAAGAGGGUAGCCAGACCACACUGCCUCGUACUCCAACUCUGACCACAUCAGCUGGAUCUGCUCAAACAGCAGCCCAGCCAGCUGCCACCCCACCCAGACCUGCGUCAUUUUGGGGGAACAAUGGCUUGAGGGGUGUCCAUGCUACACAGACUCCACCUCCAGCUUAUGACAGCAUUCUUAGAGCUUAUCAGGAAACAUGCACCUGAGAAGAGUGAGAGCACAAGGAAAAUGGACUUACAAACGAUAUUGGACUAAAUGUGUAUUGAUAUAUAUGACCAGGUGGAGCAGAGCAAAGCAAACAAGGACAUGACGGUCAAUUGUGGGCCCUGCUAAACACAAUAACACUACGAAACAACAGGUUUUGAAUGUCUUUUAGUUUGUUGAAGGCCUAAUAUGCAGAAACUUCCUUAAAAAAAGAAGGAAAAAAAGAAGCAAUGUCUAGACUCAUACAAAAAUAAUCCCUCUGAAUCAUCAAAAGUGCAUGGCGGUGUCUGCAUCUGCAGACACUCUGCCAUCUACCUGUAUUUUCUUAUUUUCUCAUCAUUUUUCUCUGUUCAGGGCAUUUGUUGAGUCUCAUUCCCAGGUGGUCAAACACUGACAUUUUCGGUUGGUGGCGAUUAUCGUUCUGUAGAAUCAUUUGUGUGUUUACAACAGCAACCAAUAAUUUCUCCACAUUAUGCCUUUAACAUAUAUAUAUGAUGGUGACAUAAGCAUACUUGCCUUUUCUCAAGAAAUAUUUAAAAACAAUCAUCUGACAUUCAAUAUGGCAAUGGCUGCUCACAACCAGAUUAAAUACUAAGCAUUCUUAAAUAUCAGCAGGCUAUAUUUAGUGGUGAUUGCCACUCAUGCACGCUUGCACACAGUCGUCGUUUGAGUGAAUAUUUACACUGCAAAGCAAGAUUUCUCCUUUAUCCCUGCUGAUCAUUUAAUAGCGAUACAAACAAGAGAAUGAUUUUAUGUGUGUACCCCAAGCAAAGAUGAGCGUUUGUGUGUUAACCUGUGAUUAAUAAACUGAGCAGGUGUCAUUGAUGUUACAGCGCAAAAGCUGGUGCAGAGGAGAGAUUUAAAGUUAUUUGAUGUUUUGACUGCUGCCUCACAUGUUUUUAAUAGAGCUGUGGUAUAUAGCGUGUGUGUGUGUGUGUGUGUGUGUGUGAGCAUGAGGGUGCGAGAGUGGGGGGCAUUGUGUCAGAUGUUUUCAUAUUUUAUGUUUGAAAUGUAAUUUGCUGAACAUUUCUCUUAAGUUAAUGCAAUAAAUGCGAGAAU